AGGGCGGCAGUGGGGGGGCGUGUGGGGACGCUGGUGGCGGGGGGGUCCCGAUGGAGCCCACGCCCCCCCCCCGGCUGCAGCGGGGGCAGCUGCAGUGCAAGAACCUGCACGAGUUCCUGCGGGGGCUGAGCCCCCCCGUCCUCGACCGCCUCUACGGGCACCCCGCCACCUGCCUGGCCGUCUUCCGGGAGCUGCCGGGGCUGGCGCAGGCGGGGGUGAUGCGGAUGCUGUUCCUGGAGCAGCCCCUGCCGCAGGCGGCCGUCGCCCUCUGGGUCAAGAAGGAGCACAGCAAGGAGCAGGCGGAGAGCCGGGAGGUGCUGCUGGCGCUGCGGCUGUGGCACCCCCACACCCUGCCGGGGGGGCUGCCGGGGGUCGCUCUGCACCCCAACUUCCGCCAGAACCUGCGGGUCGCCCUGCUGGGGGGGGGCCAGGCGUGGUCGGACGACACGAGCCAGCUGGGGCCGGACAAGCACGCCCGCGACGUGCCGGCGCUGGACAGGUACGCCGAGGAGCGCUGGGAGGUGAUUCUGCAUUUCAUGGUGGGGUCGCCCAGCGCCGCCGUCAGCCAGGAUCUGGCCCAGCUCCUCGUCCAGGCUGGGCUCAUGAAGAGCGAGGGGGGGGAGGCGCCGUGCAUCACGUCGGCCGGGUUCCAGUUCCUGCUGCUCGACACCCCCGCCCAGCUCUGGUACUUCGUGCUGCAGUACCUGCGGGGGGCAGAGGCUCGGGGCAUGGACCUGGUGGAGAUCCUGUCCUUCCUCUUCCAGCUCAGCUUCUCCACCCUCGGCAAGGAUUACUCGGUGGAGGGCAUGAGCGAGUCCCUGCUGACGUUCCUGCAGCACCUGCGCGAGUUCGGGCUGGUCUUCCAGAGAAAGCGCAAGUCCCGCCGGUUCUACCCCACGCGCCUGGCCAUCGCGCUGGCCUCGGGGACAUCAGGGGCCCCCCCCGAGCCCGACGCUCACGGCUUCGUCCUGGUGGAGACCAACUACCGCAUCUACGCCUACACAGACUCGGAGCUGCAGGUCGCCCUCAUCGCGCUCUUCUCGGAGCUGCUCUACCGCUUCCCCAACCUGGUGGUGGCCCAGGUGACCAGGGACAGCGUGCAGGCUGCCAUCGCCAACGGCAUCACCGCCCAGCAGGGGGGGGCCAGGCCCAGUGAAUCAGCGGCGCCUGGGGGCCUGGACGCCUGGAUCCUGCCCGGCUGCUGCCAGACACCGUGCAGGCAGCGGGCAGGCAGCGGGCAGGCAGCGGGCAGGCAGCGGCGGCAGCACCCACCCAGGGACCCCUCGGCGCUGGGGGGGGCCAUGGGGCAGAGGCAGGCGGCUGCGGCCCUCGGCGGGGACGGGGACAAGGGGGGACCCUCCCCGGGGGGGGGGCAGGACCCGUCCCCCCUGGAGCGGGGGCUCCACGCCGUGGUGGGCACCUUCUACCAGUACGCCCGGGCCGGGGGCGGGGGGGGACAGGAGCCCAGCCUGGACCCCCCCGGCUUCCAGCGCCUGCUGCGCCACGAGCUGAGCCACCAGCUCACCGACACGGGGCAGCCCCAGGCCGUGGCCGCCAUCUUUGCGCUGCUGGACGCCGACGGGGACCGACGCGUCACCUUCGCCGAGUACUGGCAGCUGGUGGCCUGGCUCUGCCACGUCCUGCGGCACCGGCACUACGGUGCCGCGCCGCCCCCGCCGCCCCCCAACCUCUACAGGGACCCCGAGGGCACCGACGGCCCCCGCCCGGCCCCCGACGCUGCCCCGCUGUCCCCAGCCCACGGGGACGGUCACCAGUGACACCCCCCUCUGCCCCGGGCCGCGUGGGGAGAGGGACGGGGAUGUCCCCAGGGUGAGUGGGCCCUGGGCGCGGGGUUGGCGGGUGCCCCGAUUCCUGAGGGUUUAGCCCCAAAAUCGCCCCUGGUAGCGGGGCGAGGGGGCGGGGGGCUGGGAUCGUCCCCCCCAGCCCCACGUUCGCUGGAGACGGGGUGAAUCAGGCCCCACGGGGACGGCCCCGGCCCUGGGGGUGCUGGGG